AUGAAGUCCAUCCUCAUCACUAUCGCCGUCCUCUUCACGCUGGUGCUGGCAGAGAGUGAGAAGUACACAGAGAAGUACGACUCGUUAGACAUCGACGCCAUCAUUGGUAACAAGCGGCUGAUGGCGGCAUACGUGAGGUGUGUGCUGGAGAAAGGGAAAUGCACGCCAGAGGGCAGGCUUCUCAAAGCACACAUCACUGACGCCCUACAAACCGGCUGUACCAAAUGCACCAUCGCCCAGAAGGGAGGCAUGCGCAAAGUGAUCCACCACCUCAUCAAGGAGGAGCCCGAAGCCUGGGCGGCCCUGCUCGACAAAUACGACCCCAAGAAGGUCUAUAUACACAAAUACCAUCAUCAGCUAAAUUCUGUUUUAGAAGAAUAG